AUGCCUGUCGAUAGCUACUGCAGCUCGGAGAGACAUAUAAGGGAAGCACGUAAAACCAAUCCUGGAAUACAGAGGUUAUCAAAACCCUACUUCAAUCCACAGGCUUUAAUUUACAAAGAAAGGAGGACAAUUUUCACGUCAGUGUUUUCAAAUAGAAUCAAUUCAAAGACGAAUAUUUUGUGGAUUGGAACAAUUGAUGGUUACAUUCUUAAAGUAAAUAUUGAGGAAAGGCAUAGAGAAAGAAAACCGUAUUUAAAAUUUGAUCUGAGUCAGAACAGAAGACAGAGAAUUGAGCCCCAUCAUGUGGUGGAUCCAGUAGGCACGGCCCAUGUCAUAUUUCUACAUGGAAACAAGGCUUCAAGAUUUCCAUUGUAUUCUUGUCAUGUCCACACUACUUGCAGUACAUGUGUGACAAGUGGUGACCCACUCGGGUGUGGGUGGUGUGGAGAUUCGUGUGUGAUGAGGAGCGAGUGUAAUAGCACGCGGUACAUGUUAUAA